UUUCAGUACGGUACCAACAGGAUAUGGGGAGUGAACCUGGGUGGUUGGCUGACCACGGAGCCGUUCAUGCAAGCCCCGCUCUAUACCAGAAAUAUCUAAACAGUACCCCUACACCAGUAGAUGAAUGGACACUUAGCGAAGCAAUGGCCGCUGACACUUCACCUGGUGGAGGUCUUCAACAACUGGAGACCCACUACAGCACUUUCAUCACGGAGCGAGAUUUCGCUGCUAUAGCUGGUGCCGGAUUGAAUUUUGUGCGGAUUCCUGUUCCCUGGUGGGCAAUCGAGACCCGAGGUAAUGAGCCUUUCCUUCCCAAAGUCUCCUGGACGUACUUUUUGAAAGCCAUCAAAUGGGCGCGCAAAUAUGGCCUUCGCAUCAAUCUCGAUUUUCAUGCUCUCCCAGGCAGUCAAAACGGGUGGAAUCAUUCAGGUAAACUUGGUUCGGUAAACGUGUUAAACGGGCCUAUGGGUCUGGCGAAUGCCCAGCGUUCUCUUGACUAUGUCAGGAUCUUUGCCGAAUUCAUCUCUCAGCCAGAGUAUAGUGACGUUGUUACGAUUUUUGGGAUCACCAAUGAGCCUCAAGGAACUAUGGUAGGGCAGUCGCAGUUGUCAAGCUAUUAUGUACAAGCUUACAACAACGUUCGUGAAGCGAGUGGGAUUGGUGAGGGCAAAGGCCCUUAUGUAUCAUUCCACGAUGGCUUUUUGGGCACAGCACAAUGGGCCGGCUUCCUUCCCAAUUCAGAUCGUUCCGCUAUAGACACUCACCCUUACAUAUGUUUCGGCGGACAGUCGGCUGCACCAAUGUCGUCGUAUGCGCAAACGCCGUGUAACGCCUGGGGCUCGAUGAUGAACACGUCUAUGGGUGCUUUUGGCCUGAGCACUGCGGGUGAAUUUAGUAAUGCAGUAACGGAUUGUGGGCUUUAUGUGAAUGGCAUAGGAUUGGGCACGAGAUACGAAGGGACUUACACUCCUGGGAACUGGCCUGCCGUCGGUAGCUGUGACCCGUGGACUGACUGGCAAGCUUGGAACAGUACGAUGAAGGAAGAUAUCAUGCAGUUCGCUUUGGCUAGCAUGGAUGCUUUGCAGAACUGGUUUUUCUGGACCUGGAAGAUCGGAAAUUCCUCCACCACAGGAGUUGUCGAGUCUCCUCAGUGGUCGUACUCACUUGGCUUGGAAAACGGUUGGAUGCCUAAGGACCCCCGUGUGGCGGUUGGGGCUUGCGGAAACCAAAAUAUAUGGAGUCCCCCGUUGCAAGCAUGGCAGACUGGUGGAGCGGGUGCUGGAGAUCUUGCUUCUGGUCUCUCUGCCUCAUAUCCCUGGCCUCCCGCAACCAUCAGCAAUGCUGGUGCAGCUAGCCUCCUUCCAACUUACACCCCGACGGGCACUGUUGCGACACUGCCGGGACCGACGUUCACCCUGACCUCCGGUUCGCAAACAAAAACUGCAAGUGCUGGUGACGGAUGGGAGAAUCCUUCGGAUACUGCAAAAGGCAUGGUUGGUAUCGCUACCUGCAGUUACCUUGAUCCUUGGAUUGGACCGAGCGCCGCUCCCCCUUCACCUCUAUGUAGCGCAGGUGGUGCAGCAUCUGCACGUGCAAUCGCCAACGAUGUCCCAAGGGCUCAAAUCACAACUCCUCCCAAGGCCUAGCCGCUGAAACAGUGCCCUAUUUCGCAUGACGCAGUUCAUUUCUUGUAAAUUAGACGGACUCUGGGGCCUUUGCUUGGACAUUUUGGUUACUUUUCUGCAAUAUUUAGGCUUCGUAUUAAUUUGUUUUCUUUUUGCAACCUUCCGUUUAUCUGGUUACAUCCAUCUCUAUCACCAUCUAUCGUAACGUUUCACUUUUCUUUUCUAUCGUAUUGGUCAUAUUAUCGGCGUUUGUACUCGGACUGUUGAUGGGACUCAUCUUUGUUUGUGCACUUAUUCAAUUCUAAAUUGAACUCCAUUCGUUCGUACAGUUUAUAAUUGCACUUCAGUACCAGGGUCCACCCACUACGGGCUUAACCUACAACCUACACUCUUCACGCAGAUGAGAAGGUAACAACGGACAAUAAUUAGAAUUAGUAUGUGUUUACUUCUGAGUUUCAUAGCGAAUCAAUGUUCCCCACUAGUAGUAGCAUAACGAUCUUCUAGGUCUUCUUGCCCACCAAAACCACCCUCAAAGUCGUGGUCUGGUUUGCAAGUGCUAUCAGACACUGUCUCGUGCUCCGGUUUGGAUGACGCUGACUCCUUACUUGAUCUUUCGUACUGUUGUGUUCAUCAGACCCUUCUUUCGGCUGUAGGUUUUCAGCUGUAUCGUUGAUGAGAUUUGUCGAUUUCAUUAGAUUGAGGGCUCUGGGAGUGGGAGUGAGUGAGAGGAACGGUCUCACAAGUGCC